UCAAGUGGGGCUCAGGAGAAGAUCUGGUGUCAUUUUAAUAGAAUCAGAGAAAGCCUAUCGGAUCGUACACUAAGCUCCACGCAUGCUGGAGAGAGGAGGGCUGGAUGCCUGCGGUUUUGCGAGUCCUCAAGACGCAGCCAAGGAUUACCUCCUGCCUUAUCAUUUGACGGAGUAAGAACUCAAAAAGGAGUGGGUCAUUUCUUCACAAAUCUUACGUUUUGGCUUCUUGGAGAGGAUAUGGCAUGGUCGGCGCUGGAGAGACGAGCGCAGCCGGCAAAGGCGAGAGGAAACAGGAGCUGAACGACAGGAUGCCAGCGACCUGAGUCCGCACUCAGAUCUAACUUCGUUAAAAGAGACACUUCUACAUUGUUUGUUGAGCUAAGAGGAGGAGAGAAGAAUACUUGCCAAAAAAACUGUUGGGGGAGUUUAAUUUCGGAGUUUGUUUGUAUGCCUAAUUUUAUUUCUUUUUGUGAGAAAACAAGGAUGCAUUGUGGAUUAGUCUUUAUCCUGUUCACGGGAAUCCUUUUGGUGGUCAAGGCUUUCAAAAACGAUAAAUGUGGAGGCAACAUCAGAAUCUCAACCGCCAACUACCUCACCUCGCCCGGAUACCCCAUAUCUUAUCCCCCUUCUCAGAGAUGCGUGUGGGUGAUAUCGGCGCCUGGUCCUCACCAGCGGAUCCUCAUCAACUUCAAUCCACAUUUCGAUCUGGAGGACCGGGAGUGCAAGUAUGACUAUGUGGAGGUGAGAGAUGGUGUGGAUGAGAGCGGUCAGCUAGUGGGGAAGUACUGUGGGAAGAUCGCUCCCUCUCCUGUUGUCUCCUCCGGAAACCAACUCUUCAUCAAGUUUGUGUCUGACUACGAGACCCAUGGAGCAGGUUUCUCCAUCCGAUAUGAGAUCUUCAAGACAGGUCCCGAAUGCUCCAGGAACUUCACGUCCAACAGCGGUGUCAUAAAGUCGCCCGGUUUCCCAGAGAAAUACCCCAACAACUUGGACUGCACUUUUAUGAUCUUUGCCCCCAAGAUGUCCGAGAUCAUUUUGGAAUUCGAGAGCUUUGAGUUGGAGCCUGACCCAACGCCCCCUGCUGGUGUUUUCUGCCGUUAUGACAGACUGGAGAUCUGGGAUGGCUUUCCCGGAGUCGGUCCAUACAUCGGGAGGUACUGUGGGCAGAACACCCCGGGGAGGAUAAUCUCCUACACCGGCAUCCUGGCACUGACAAUCAACACUGACAGCGCCAUCGCUAAGGAAGGCUUUUCUGCCAACUUCACCGUCAUUGAAAGGACCGUUCCAGAGGACUUUGACUGUAGCGACCCUUUGGGAAUGGAAUCGGGAGAGAUUACAUCAGACCAAGUCAUGGCCUCAUCUCAGUACAACCCCAGCUGGUCCCCAGAGCGAUCCAGACUCAACUACUAUGAAAACGCAUGGACACCAGCAGAGGAUUCAAACAAAGAAUGGAUACAGGUGGACCUUGGGUUCUUGCGAUUUGUCUCAGCCAUUGGCACCCAGGGCGCCAUUUCCCAGGAGACCCGAAAGGUUUACUUUGUCAAGUCUUACAAAGUGGACGUUAGCUCUAAUGGAGAGGACUGGAUCACUUUGAAGGAAGGCUCCAAACAAAAGGUUUUUGAAGGCAACACCAACCCAAAAGACGUUGCCAAGACGAUGCUGCCCAAACCCACGCUGACACGCUUCGUCCGGAUCCGUCCCGUUGCCUGGGAAACAGGCAUCGCAUUGCGCUUCGAGGUGUAUGGAUGUAAGAUAUCAGAGUACCCAUGCUCGGGCAUGCUGGGCAUGAUAUCAGGUUUGAUCACUGACAACCAGAUCACCGCAUCCUCCCAUACAGACCGGAGCUGGGUACCAGAGAACGCCCGCUUGCUAACCAGCAGGACAGGUUGGACCCUGUUGCCCCAGCCCCAGGCCUUCACCAGCGAAUGGCUACAGGUGGAUCUUGGUGAGGAGAAGUUGGUGAAGGGGUUGAUCAUCCAGGGGGGGAAGCACCGUGAGAACAAAGUCUUCAUGAAGAAGUUCCGCCUCGGCUACAGCAACAACGGCUCCGACUGGAGGAUGGUGGCGGAUACCAAUGGGAACAAGCCAAAGAUAUUUGAAGGGAAUGGCAACUAUGACACUCCUGAGCUGAGGACGGUGGAGCCCCUGCUGACCCGUUUCAUCAGAAUUUACCCAGAGAGGGCCACUCCUGCUGGCAUGGGCCUGCGACUUGAGCUUCUUGGUUGCGAGAUUGAAGCUCCUACACUCCCACCUACCACACUAGUCCCGAGCACUACUCCAUCGGACGAGUGUGACGACGACCAGGCGAGCUGCCACAGCGGCACAGGUGAUGACUACGACGUGACAGGGGGUGCCACGAUGCCAGAGACCACUACUGCUGAAGUGGAUACCAUCCCAGAUUUUGUGUGGUUUGCCUGCGACUUCGGCUGGGCCAAUGACCCGUCCUUCUGCAGAUGGACAUCAGAGGACACUGGCUCUAGGUGGCAGAUCCAGUCCAGCGGCACCCCGACCCUCAACACUGGCCCUAACAUGGACCACACAGGUGGAUCAGGGAAUUUCAUCUACACCUUAGCAGCAGGUCCCCAAGAGGCUGAGGUGGCUCGGCUGGUCAGCCCCGUGGUCAGCUCCCCAGACUCAGACCUGUGUGUGUCUUUUUGGUACCACAUGUUCGGGUCACACAUUGGCACACUGCAUAUCAAACAGCGCAAACAGACAGUUGAAGGGCCAGCUGACAUCCUGCUGUGGACGGUCAGUGGUCACCAAGGCAACCGCUGGAGGGAAGGUCGUGUCCUUGUGCCACGCACCAACAAACCCUAUCAGGUGGUGAUCGAAGGUCUGGUGGAUGGAAAGAGCUGGGGAGACAUCGCUGUGGAUGACAUUAAGGUUCUCAAUGGACUCAGCAUGACAGACUGUAAAGAUCCUGACGUACCCACUGAGCCAAUGCUACCAGAGGAUCGCCUCAAUGAAAUCCUUGAAGAGAUCACUGAAUACCCAGACUUUGUGGAGACCAAUCAGAUCAGUGGAGCAGGCAACAUGCUGAAGACACUCGACCCCAUACUCAUCACUAUCAUUGCCAUGUCCGCCCUGGGGGUCUUCCUGGGGGCCAUCUGCGGCGUGGUCUUGUACUGUGCCUGCUCACACGGAGGCAUGUCGGACAGAAACUUAUCAGCCUUGGAGAACUACAACUUUGAGCUAGUGGACGGUGUCAAGCUAAAGAAGGACAAACUCAAUGUACAGAGCUCAUACUCGGAAGCGUGAGAGGGGAUUGAGUGCAUCCGUGUGACUGUAUGACGUGCAGAGCUUGCACAAGACUGGCUGUAGGCAUAUCCUCUCGUAUAUACGCGAGUAGGCAGGCUCAAAGAACUGCCAACACCCUCAACUCGCUGGAGGAGGGACAGGUUUCAGGAACCAAUGGGAAGUUUGGACUGAUCCACACGUUUCUCAGGAGCUGCAGUAAAAAGAACCUACCAGUAGGGGACACUGUGUACAAAUAAAAUCCAGAAAAAAUAUGUACAGAUGAUUUAGAUGAUAUUUUAAUUUUCUAUUUUGAUUUUCAUUCAUUUUUACAAUCGGAUGCUGGUGUUGAGACCAAUUUAUUAAUAAUGUUUAAACUAUUUAUCGUUUUCUGGGAAAAGAUUUUUUUUUAAUAUCAGUUGAAGGCUGUAUGUUUUCAAGUUUUGAAAGAGACGUAUCAAAAUCGUAAAUUAACCAUAUCCGGCAAAACUGUAGACUUGCCCAAUGGUGUGGCAUACAGGGUGUGCCCAUAACCCAUAACCCAUAACCCUGAAACAUGGACCCUUUCCCCUUUGACCUCUAUCACUUUAAAGUGAGGGUCCCAUUCAUGGCAAUGUAUGGUUCUGACAGUGCCUUUAGUACAUUUCGGUUGGCCUCUCCUGUUGAUCUGGGUGUUUUUACUGUACAUGGAAAAAGAAACAGGUUAAGUUAUGAUGACAGAAGGCACAUUACCUUAUGAAUCCCUGCAAAACAGGAUAACAAUCUAUCACAGCUCUUUGUUGUUUUUUGUUGUUUUCUGUCCAAAAACCACACACUGUAAAUACGUUUUAAUAUAUUUUAUUGCCCUUUUUAAAGAAAGUAAAAGGAUAAAAGCUGCAGUAUCCCUUUUUUCAUGGGUUUGUGUGUCUGUAAAUACAAUCUUCUGACUGUUUUGUGGAAGGUGCAGUGUUAUGGUUUUUGAUUUUGGAUUACUUUGCCGGGUAAGAUUUGUGUGAUGCUGAUAUCAUAGCGAUUUCAAUGUGCAUUCAAGCCAGGUCAUUGAAAUACCCACUUCACGAAAAAAACACCGAUGGAUGAAUGAGUCAAAAAAGUAACAAAACAAACAAAAAAACAGCUGGUAAACUCUUGGCACUCUUUCUCAACUAAUCUCUCGUUUCUUCAUCAUAUCUCUGCGUAUGUUUGACUAGUCACCAGAGUGUUUUCGCAUAUCUUCAAAUACGCUCAUGUCGAUGGCAGAGGAGGCGGUAUAAUAUAAAUAAUGUCUGCCAGCAUACCAAAAAAAGAACAACAAUCAUCAUUGCUUUGCUUUCGCUAAGACAUAGACUAGCUUGUCAUCUCAAACGUCACUGUGGAUUCACUGAAGAAGUGCUAUCUGGACAAUGCAGCUUGAAUGCACUUUGUAACUGAUUCCCUCAUGAUAGGAGCCUUUUCAAGGAGGGGUAAACACACUAACUGAAGAAUGGUGCUAUCAUUACUUUAACAAGACACAGUUGUCUCAUGAAAAACCCAGUUUGUAUUGUUCACAUGCUGUAUUGUAGCUUAAGGCCUCUCAGGCCGCAAAGACUUUUUACGUAUUUCACGUGUAGCAGCCAUAACGUUGUGAUGUCAGAGCUGAUGUCAUUAGGACGGGACACUGGUACAACAGGAUAUCGAGUGGCGUCACCUGAAUCAGGUCACCUGGCCUCCCCUCCGUGACUUUACCAAAGGAUGGUUGCCCCCGUCUUGUUCACUGGGGGUCCUCACCAACUCACAAAAUACUGUAAGACCACAGUUCACCAACGGUCGUCACUCACAGAAGAACUGAUCACUUGCUUUGUCUCGUCCAAGAGAAAAUCAACAGGGGAAUGAUAGGACGUUUGUAGAGAAGAGCAAUGUGUGAUGAUCUGUUUUUUACUAUCUGUUUUUAAGCUUAAAAGAAGUGCAAAUGUCACCUCAAUAUGAACUCUUCAAAUCUCUACUGAGACUCUUGUUUGCAGAUGGAUGGACGGGACAAUCCCGCCACUAGACAUUACAAGGGGAAUGGACUCUGUGUGAACUCUGUGUGAGCUCAACACUAUCAGGACACAAAGGCCCAUGGGACCGGACCACAAUCAAACAAUCAAAAACUUGAUCCUGAGAAGGGUGACGUCUUUAAUAUCUGUGCGCUUUGUAUGUCGUGCCGUGGUGAACACAUUCUGAGCUUGUUCAUUUCAGAUUUGACCUCCCACUUCUCUCAACCUCUACACCGAUCUGUCUGCGCUUUCAGCUAUAGAGGACUGUAGCCCUAGCGCCAUCUAAUAACUAGAGAAAAAGGAUACUGUAGCGUGGACUCAAAAGAAAACAAUGUUGCACUGAUAAUUAUAUUUAAGAGGUUUAUGUGUUUAUAGCGUUCAUUUGCAAAAAAAAACAACAAGACAGUCAAAAACACAAAAACACAUUUUAAUUUCUUGCAUCUUUUUAUAUAUAUAUAUAUAUAUAUAUAGUUUCAGAUUAUGUGAUAUAAUUCUGAAAUGUAAAAAUAUUGAGAUGUUUUCAUUAUUGGAAAAGGCAAAAUAGAUUUUCCAACAGUAAUGUCUCUCCCCCCCAUUGACAUGGCAUAUUAACGCUUCGUUUUGUACUGUCAUUCAAAUUUUGUGCAGAUUUUUUUUUUUUUACAAGAACAAGAAAAGAAGACUUUUAUUUUCAAUACUGCUUCUGUAAUUUGCUGUUGUAGGAAAAAAAGAGAAUAAACAGCAAGGCCUUAAAAAGAAAAGGGAAUAUUUGUGUUGUGAUCCAGAAUUCAAAACUUUUUCCCUAUUCCAGUCAGAUCCACAUCACAGCAGUGCUGUUUACCAGCAGCCUCUGAAGCAGCGCUUUGAAGCAACAUCUGUUUUUUGCAUCAAAGUUAUGUGAAAACACUAUAACAGCAAGGCAGUGAUGUAAACAACAACACUUUGUCUAGUCUUUGUCUCACAGCCUUCGCUUUAUAAUGAUGCAAAUAAAAGGCAACUUCAUAAGGAA